AUGAACAACGGAUGGAGUUAUACCGUUCGUGAUCUACAACGUUUACCAUUUACUGCUGAAGAACGUUUAGGCGUCGAUGUUGAAAGUCAUUCCACUGUGGAGUCUAUUUUUUGUUAUAUCAUAGACGACGAGUUUUUGGAUAUGUUAUUUGGAUAUGCAGCGCAAAUUAGUUCGGACGCUGGUAGACUUGCUAGAUGGAAAGACGUGGAUCGGAAUAUGAUGAAAAAAUUUCUAGGAAUUAUUCUUUACACCGGUAUUGUUGUGAAGCCGACCCUGGAAUGCUAUUGGAAAAAGGAUCCAAUUUAUUACCAUCCACUCAUGCACAAACUAGGCAUGUCCUAUAAUACAUUUACUCUAAUGCUUAGAUGCUGGCAUUUUGCUGAUAAUUCAGCCCCACGAAAUCCAAAUAAUAGAUUAUACAAAGUACAGCCCCUUGUUGAUAAAAUCGUAAACAAAUCUCAACAACUGCUUACUCCUGGCGAUUGUGUUAUAAUUGAUGAGUCCAUGGUACCCUUCAAAGGUCGUCUUCUAUUUAGACAAUACAAUCCAUCCAAAACUAAUAAAUACGGAAUAAAAAUUUAUAAGUUAUGUACUGCAGAUGGCUAUACUUGGAAUUAUGAGAUAUAUUGCGGUGACGACGAAACAAUAGAGAAUUUGGAUAAGCCUGGCAGUAUCGUUGUGAAAUUAUGUCGUAAUUUACUUGUUGCUGGUCGUUUGAUUGUCGCAGACAAUUUUGAUACUAGUUUUCCUCUAGCGACAUAUCUUUUAGCUAAUCAAACUGAUCUUUGUGGCACUCUAAGAAAAAAUAGAAAACAUCUACCGGAAUAUGCGAAAGCAAAAAAGCUACAACGGGGUGAAGUUAUUGCCAGCCAAAAAGAAAAUGUUACCGUCAGCAAAUGGAGGGAUAAAAGAGACGUUCUUAUGAUUUCCACCUGUCAUAGUGAUGAAAUGUGUAGGACUAGACAAAGAAAUCCUAAACCAAAACCCAAAGUAGUUUUAGAAUAUAAUUCAAAAAAGGGCAUUGAUUUCUCGGACCAGUUAUGCAGUUAUCAAUCACCAAUAAGAAAGUCAUUGAUAUGGUAUAAAAAAAUUGCAAUCGACAUGAUUUUCAGCGUAGCAAUUACAAACAGUGUUGUGGUUUAUAACAAACUACAUCCAACUGCUGUACCUAAAGAAAAAUGA